AUGGAGAAGAGAAAGAUACAAAAAGGUGCUUCAGUUUUUGAAGCUGAAAAAAAAUUAAAUUAUGAAAGGACAAGUAAACACCAAACAAUAAACAAUCCAGAAGAGGUAUUAACAGAAAAAACAGAUAAAAUAAAAAAUCAAAUAGGGGGUGUGUCUUCCUCAAAAAAGAAAAAGUUGUGCACAGACGAUUAUCCAGACAAUCAAAAAACAGAAGAAAAAGAAGAAAUUGAUUCAGUAGUUGCAUCGAUUAAAGAAGGCAUUAAAGAAAGUGAAAUAAAAAUUAUGAAAAUGCAAAGUCGUAAAAAUGUUCUUAAACCAAAAGGAAGAAAAUCAACCACAAAACAAAAAAGUGAUAGACAUGAAGAAAUAGUUCAACAAAGUAGAGAAAAAGUAGGGCCAGAAGAAAUUACUAAAAGUGAUACAAAAAUUAUAAUUAAUGAAGAUAAAAAACUUUCUGAAAUAAAUCUUUCAGAAGAACAAAUUAAAGAAAAAAAUAUCUCACAAGAGAUUUCAGUCCAAAAGACACAAGAACAACUUAAUCAAAAUAAAUUACUUAUUUCUCAUGAAGAAAGAUUAACAGAGAAUGAAAAAGGUAUUGACAAAACAAAAGAGCUUCAAAGAUUAGAUAAUGAAAUUAAUAGAAUCAAGCAAGAAAACGAAGCCAAGAGAAAAAGGAUUCAUGAAAUGAAAGAGAUACAAGAAAUAAAAAGAGAUAACGUAAAUGAUAUUGAAAAAAUAAGGGAUAACACCGAAUUAACAAUUAAGGAGAUACUGAAGAAUGUAAAUGAUAAACAAGAAAAAAUUGAAAGAGUGUUAAAUGAAAUUAAAACGAUUUGUCAUAAAGAACGAAUUGUUAUGAGCAAAGAAAUUGGAUCUAUUGAAGAAAUGGAAAUGACUAUUAAAGAACAAAAUAAAGAAAAUGAACAAAUGAUUGAAAACAUGAAAAGGCUGGAAGAUUAUUUUGUUCAACAAACAAAUGAGUUCAAAAAGAUAAUAGAAGAAGAAAGCAAAAAAAGACAAGAAGAACAAAAGAAAGAAGAAACAAUGAAACACCAAUUAAAUGAAUUAAAAUAUAAUAAAGAGAUAGGGAUUUUGAAAGAGAAAGAAUUAGCUCAACAAAAUAAUGAAAAACAAAGUGAUAAAGAUGAUUUAAUGAAAGAAGUUCAAGAGUUACAAGAAAAAUUAAAUACUAAAAAAAAGGAAAGACUUGUUAUAAAAAGUGAAGAAGAAAAGAAGUUAAACGAAUGCAUAGAAAUGGAAAAAGAAAUUAAAGAAUUACAAGAAAAUCAUUUGAGAAUAGAAGAACAAUUCAAACUAUUAAAAUCAUAUGUAGAUAAAUUUAAUGAUAAAAAAUGGCUUUGUUUAAUGAAAGAAGAAGAACAAAUAGAACUAUUAGCUACUAUUGUUGUUCAAUACAAAUUAAGUCAUCAACAGGUAUAUGAAAAAUCAGUCAUUCAAAUAUUUGACGAAAUAGUUUCAAAAAAGAUUCCAAUAAAUGAAUGGAAAAGUUACGUUGUUAGUGCAUUUAAUAAUUAG